GUGCCCUGGUUACUAGUACUGCUCCGGUCCCCAGACACCAAAACCACACGGGAAAGGUGACAGGGAUAGGUGGAUGCGUCAUGGGUGAGGACCUAUCGAAAGAAAGACAGAGGAAGAAGUGUAAAAGGGACGUGAAGACUGCAAAGGAAGUACAAAUUCACAGAAAAGGGGCAGCAACUGACAAAGGCCCUGAGAAACGGGGAAAGGAAACCAAGUGCAAAGAAAAAGUUUGACAGGCAAAGCAGCCUCAAGAGGCUAGGGGACAUGCAACAAGAGUCUGACAGAAAUGAGCAGGGCUACAGCAGCUCCCCCCCUUCUAGCAAUAAACAGGACUCUUCAGAUGACACAAAGAAAAAUCACAGAAGAGAGAAAAAUAGGAUUGCAGCACAGAAAAGCCGCCAGCGACAAACAGAAAAAGCAGACUCGUUGCACAUUGAGAGUGAGAAUUUGGAGCGCCUGAAUUCGGCAUUACGCGGAGAAAUCAGUGGCCUGCGAGAGGAACUGAAAUAUCUCACAUGUGUGCUAAGUACCCACCAACCUGUUUGUGUCCUUGGUCCAACAAAGCCACAAGCUAUCCUCCCACAUGUCGGAUCCACCCGCUACCAGCACUAAGGGUACAUGGACGGUGAUUACACAUUCAUGUUGUAUCAUAGUGCAAACAAGAACUAUGACAUUCGUAAUAUACUCUUGGGCUCAUCAUGACAUGUUCAGCUUUAGGUGAAAAUAAAAUGUUGAUCUCUAAAGAGAUGAUAGAAUGUGCAAGGGCAUGUGUUAUGCCUGUUGUAAAAUGCCUGAAUGUGCUAAAAAAACACAUAAAUAUCACGUGUUGGGCAAUGACACACAUUAUAUAAGAAAUUUGUAUUAGAUGCGCAAAUGUCAUAAAAAUACAAAGUGUGUGUGUGUGUGUCUGUGACCUAUUCAUAAAAUACAGGAAAGCAUAACAACAUUGUAUAUCUGAGUAUUAAUAAGGCAACAGCAUGCAAAAUAUUGAUGCUUUGUCUUUUGUAGAGGUGCAAGACCAUGCUGUGGUGAAGUAUAAUGAAGUAUCGUCAAGAAUCAUGUCAAGUGCCUAUGUUAUUUAUAAAUGAUAGAACACGCUGUACACGCGUAUAUCAUUUGUAGAUCUGCAGUUAUGUCUUUAUUUUUUAGCAUUUUAUUUCUUUGUGGUACUCACUGAGGUAUAUACUUUAAAUCCAACUUCAAUGAGGCACUGUGCAAUGAAGUACCAGUUUUUCAGUCUCUUCCAGUACCACUGUGGUGGCUUUCAGAUGAAGAUAAGCACCCUGAGAAAGAUCAAGUAUAGUCCUGUUAGAAGAUUGUUAUAAAGGGAAAGGGUUAUAGAAUGUAUAUUAAUUGUGUUCAAAGUAUUUUGAAACAUUUUAAGGAUGACAAAAUUACAAAACUCUUAGUAACAUGACAAUUCAUCACUAGUGUGAAGAAUACAUGAUACAUUGAGGGUCUUUGUGGUUGUUGGGUGACCAAUUGGCUAGAAUCUCAAAUUGAUAUUUUAGUGCUAAUGAAACACAUGGUGCUUUUCAGUUUAAAUAAACUGUGGUUAUUUAUUCCAA